GCCCCGCCGGAAGGACGAUCUCGCCACCUCUUGAACUUGAUGGUGGCGGCGCUGGGAUGGCGGCGGGGACGGGGGCUCCGGGAGGCGGCGGCCCUGGCAUGGACGCCCGGUUGGACCAGGAGACGGCCCGGUGGCUGCGAUGGGACAAGAAUCCUUUAACUUUGGAGUCAGUGAAACAACUAAUUGCAGAAGGUAAUAAAGAAGAGCUGCAAAAAUGUUUUGCGGCUCGAAUGGAGUUUGGGACAGCUGGCCUCCGAGGUGCUAUGGGAGCAGGAAUUUCUCAUAUGAAUGACUUGACCAUCAUCCAGACUACACAGGGAUUUUGUAGAUACCUGGAAAAACAAUUCAGUGACCUUAAGCAAAGAGGUGUUGUGAUCAGCUAUGAUGCUCGAGCCCAUCCAGCAAGUGGAGGCAGCAGCAGAAGAUUCGCCCGACUUGCUGCAACUACGUUUAUCAGCCAGGGGAUUCCUGUGUACCUCUUUUCUGAUAUAACUCCAACCCCCUUUGUGCCCUACACAGUAUCACAUUUGAAACUUCGUGCUGGAAUCAUGAUAACUGCCUCUCACAAUCCAAAGCAGGAUAAUGGUUACAAGGUCUACUGGGAUAACGGGGCUCAGAUCAUCUCUCCUCAUGAUAAAGGGAUUUCCCAGGCUAUUGAAGAAAAUCUAGAGCCAUGGCCUCAAGCUUGGGAUGAUUCUGUGAUCAAUGGCAGUCCACUCUUUCAUGACCCAAGUGCUUCCAUCAAUAAGGACUACUUUGAAGACCUUAAAAAAUACUGUUUUCACAGGGCUGUGAACAGGGAGACCAAGGUGAAGUUUGUGCACACCUCCGUUCAUGGUGUGGGUCACAGCUUCGUGCAGUCGGCUUUCAAGGCUUUUGACUUUGUUCCUCCCGAGGCUGUUCCCGAACAGAAGGACCCCGAUCCUGAGUUCCCAACAGUGAGAUACCCAAAUCCUGAAGAGGGUGAAGGUGUCUUGACUUUGUCUUUUGCUUUGGCUGACAAAAGCACAGCCAAAAUCGUUUUAGCAAACGACCCAGAUGCUGACAGACUUGCUGUGGCAGAAAAGCAAGACAGUGGUGAAUGGAGAGUGUUUUCAGGCAACGAGUUGGGGGCCCUCUUGGGCUGGUGGCUCUUUACUUCUUGGAAAGAAAAGAACCAAGAUCACAGCGCCCUCAAAGACAUAUAUAUGUUGUCCAGCACCGUCUCCUCCAAAAUCCUGCAGGCCAUUGCCUUAAAGGAGGGCUUUCACUUCGAGGAAACAUUGACUGGCUUUAAGUGGAUGGGAAACCGAGCCAAACAGCUAAUAGACCAGGGGAAAAAUGUCUUAUUUGCUUUUGAAGAAGCUAUUGGAUAUAUGUGCUGCCCUUUCGUUCUGGACAAAGAUGGAGUCAGUGCCGCCGUCAUAAGUGCAGAGUUGGCCAGCUUUCUAGCAACCAAGAAUUUGUCUUUGUCUCAGCAGCUAAAGGCCAUCUAUGUUGAGUAUGGCUACCAUAUCACCAAAGCUUCGUAUUUUAUCUGCCACGAUCAAGGCACUAUUAAAAAAUUAUUUGAAAACCUUAGAAACUAUGAUGGGAAGAAUAAUUAUCCAAAAACUUGUGGCAAAUUUGAGAUUUCUGGCAUUAGGGACCUUACAACUGGCUAUGAUGAUAGCCAACCUGAUAAAAAAGCUGUUCUCCCUACUAGUAAAAGCAGCCAAAUGAUCACCUUUACCUUUGCUAAUGGAGGUGUGGCCACCAUGCGGACCAGUGGAACAGAGCCCAAAAUCAAGUACUAUUCGGAACUGUGCGCCCCCCCUGGAAAUAGUGAUCCCGACCAGUUGAAGAAAGAACUAAAUGAACUAGUCAGUGCUAUUGAAGAACAUUUUUUCCAGCCACAAAAGUAUAACCUGCAGCCAAAAGGAGAGUAAACUAUCCCAGCCUUGGGCAUAAUUACAUUUCCCUACAAUUAAGCUGAACUUGAUUUCUUAAGCAAUAUUUUUGUGGGCCAAAUAAUUUAAACUAUUGCUACAGUAUUCGUAUUUUUUAAUAGACCUACAUUCCUCCUUGUUUUAUGUUUGAACUUUAAGGAUAAUAAAGAAAGAUGGCCAAAUCUAACAAACCAACAUUCCUGUUAAAAGGUUGAGCAUCAUCUGAAUUUAAAAAAUGAAGAUUUUAAAAAUAAGUAACCUUCAAAAAUAUAUUGUAAUUAAUAUGCUUUCAUUAGAAUAAAUACCAAAUAUGUUUCUUCUCUAAAAUUCAUUUUAUGUGUAAGUAAAACAGCCAGAAAGCCUAUACGGUCCUAAAGCAGCAAGGACUCUAAACAGUAACUACCUGACCUUGAUUUUUUUUGCCUUGUUCUUAUGUGAUCACAAUCUAAAUCUAGACUUUUCCAGGUUCAUUAUUUAAUCCGUGCCUCCUCAUAAUUGAUGGCCUUAUAACCUUCCCAAAUGACUCUCAUUGAGUACCCAUGACUGAGGACCAAACUGUUCUUUAUAUACUUUAUAUAUUUUGUGUGAUUUUUUAUUUUUAAAGCAAAUGAUUGCCUAUAUUAUUAUUAACUUAAAUGGUUAUUAACAGUUUCAGAGCAAUGAAAAAUUACAGUACCAUUGACAAUCAUGUUUCUAACAUAAAGGAAAGAAUAUUUGUGUAUCCUAGUGAUACAUAGUUUGUCCCCUACCAGAUCUCUUAAAUGUACAAUAUUCAGGGCUUCCCAGGUGGCGCAGUGGUUGAGAGUCCGCCUGCCGAUGCAGGGGACACGGGUUCGUGCCCCGGUUUGGGAAGAUCCCACAUGCCGCAGAGCGGCUGGGUCCGUGCGCCAUGGCCGCUGAGCCUGCGCGUCCGGAGCCUGUGCUCCGCAACGGGAGAGGCCACAGCAGUGAGAAGCCCGCGUACCACAAAAAAAAAAAAAAAAAAAAGUACAAUAUUCAAUAUAUUCUAUCAGCUGCUUCAUUGUAGAAGCUAUAUUUAUUUUGUUUGUUUUCUAGCCUUAAAGUGUACUCUGGAAAAGAGAAACUUUAGAUUUGUGUCCUCUCUACAUUUUUGUGAGCACAUAAAUUGUACCCCAUCACAGAGUUUGUUUCUGGAAAUGCGAAUGUAAUUAAGAUCCAGUCCUGCUUGAUGGAGCUCAGGGUCUAGUUGGAGGGCUAAUAAGUAACUACAGUACUUAACACGUUCUAUAAUUAAGUUAUCUUUAAAGUACCCAGAGUUGAGGACUGUGAGAGUGGGAUUCAUUCUGCCCAGAGGAAGCUUCACCUUCAGGGGCAAAUAGCAGCUGGAGAUGGAGGAGGAAGUCUUCCAGGCACAGAGCACAGCAUUAGCAAAAGCCUGGAGGCACUGGGGUGUGUGUGUGUGUGCGGUCCUGGACAGAGGUGGGGAGAUGGUGAAAACAGAACCCAGAUGUAAACUUCAGGACCUGCCCCACUUCCCUCAUGUGAGCGGGUGAUUCAGUUGGACCUAGAGGAGAUCCUCCAGUAAGUAUUUCUUGACUUUUUCUUGUUAUAGCGGGAUGCAGGGUAGCAACGUGUGGUGCAUAAAGCUUGCACCAUAAGGACCCUGCAUUCUAGUCUUGAUCCACGGGGAGCCAGCUCUGUGACCUUAGUCAGGUCACUUAGCCUGUCAAAGUCUCCAUUUUGUUAUUUUUUAAGACUUUGGUUUUUUUUUUUAGGGCAGUGCUAGGUUCACAGCAAAAUUGAAGGAAGGUACAAAGAUAUCCCGUACCCGCCCUGCCCCCACCCCAUGCACAGCCUCCCCCAUUAUCGACACCCCACCAGAGUGGUGCAUUUGUUACUAUUGAUGGACCUAUGUUAACACAUCAUUAUCAUCCAAACUGUGGAAACAAGAAAAAGGUCAGUGAAUGGCCUGGGGUCAAGGGGGAAGGAGAGAUGGAUAGGCAGAGCACAGAGGAUCUUUAUGGCAGUAAAAAAAAUUUUCUGUAUGAUACUGUAAUAGUGAAUACAUGUCAUUAUACAUUUGUCCUAAUCCAUAGAAUAUACAACACCAAGAGUGAAUACUAAUGUAAACUGUGGACUUUGGGUGAUAAGUUUGUCAUUUUUAAAAUAAAGAGGUUUUACUAAA